AUGGAGGCAGCAGCGAGGGGAGAUCGGUACGGGUCCCUCCUCGACGCCGCGCGUCGCGGCGGCCGAGGUUCCUCCCUCCACCUCCAUGAACGGCUCGGCGAUUGGUGGGCGGAGCUUAAUCAGCGGGAGUCGUUCGUGUCGAGGCGCCAGGAGGCGCGGAGGGCUGACCACGAGGCCGAGGCCGCCAUGGAAUGGGAGGACUGGGACGGCGCCGGCAGAGACCACGACGGUGGUGGUCGUGCCCGCGCCGACCCGGCCUCGAGGAAGGCCAUGGCGGCCCUGCGCGUGCCGGCGGCGGGCGAGACGAGGGAGCAAGGCUGCGCGGUGUGCCUCGAGGACUUUGUGACCGGCGGCGGCGGGGAGCUCAGGACGAUGCCCUGCUCCCACUCCUUCCACAGGCGAUGCAUCUUCGACUGGCUCCUCGUCAACCGUCGCUGCCCGAUGUGUCGCUUCGAGAUGCCACCCCGGACCCAAGACGACAGCGAUGACGUGCGGGAGCUCGUCGGUGAGUAG